AUGGGUGCAGAUGGUGGUACAAUCAACAAAUCUGAUGUUUUAAAAUUACAUGUAGAGAGUGCGUCUAAUGAAUAUAAAGCUAAAGAUGAUAACUUAGAUGAUUUCCAGUUAGCCUCUAGAUGGAAAUUUUGCAAAAUAUCUAAUCUACCAUUAAGGUUACCCAUAGUGAGUGACUACAUGGGAAAUCUUUAUAAUAAAGAGAGUAUUUUAGAAUGGAUAUUGUGUAAAGAUAAAGAGGAUCAGUACGAAACACAUUUAAGGGAACAGAUAGAUCAUAUCAAAAAAAUUCAUGAUGUAGUAGAACUUAAUAAUUUAUGUGAGGUUACGGACAAAAAUGAUCCAAAGAUAAUUAAAAUUAAAUGUAAAUUUGGUGAUGACAUAUUUGGAGAUAAAAUGAAAGUACCAUUAGUGUAUAGUGUUGAAUGUGGAGAUGUAUUUCCAGAGAAAACGAUUAAUAUGAAUAUUAUAAAAAAGAAAGAUUUGAGUUGUCCAGUAUGCAUUAAGAGAUUAAGUUCAGUAGAUGAUAUCAUACCCAUUAAUCCAUUAUCACAAACAGAUAUAGCAAGACUUGAAAAAAGGUAUAAAGCUUUGUGCAAUGAUAAUCUAUACCACGAUAGAACAAGGAAGAAAAGUAAGAAGAGAGUACAAAAAACUACUAUAUCGGAUAAUUCAAGCAAGCCUCAAAAAAAGAUAAAAAUAUGA